GGAGGAGGAAAAUGGGUAAAGCAGGUGAACGUGUGGACUUUGAAUGGGUUUACGACGAGCAGCCGCACACAUGGAGAAGAAAAGAAAUUUUAGCAAAGUAUCCACAGAUCAAGAAUUUGAUGGGUCCUGACCCCCAGCUGAAGUGGAUUGUGUCUGGAAUGGUACUUACUCAACUCGUAGCAUGUUACCUGAUCCAUGAGUUGUCUUGGAAGUGGGUGUUUUUCUGGGCAUAUGCCUUUGGUGGCUGUGUAAACCACUCCUUGACCCUGGCCAUCCAUGAUAUCUCUCACAACAUCGCAUUCGGGAACAAGCAGGUGCGCUGGAACCGGUGGUUCGCCAUGUUCGCCAAUCUACCCAUUGGCCUACCUUACUCGGCCUCCUUCAAGAAAUACCACAUCGACCACCACCGCUACCUUGGAGGGGAUGGCCUUGACGUGGACAUCCCUACAGACCUGGAAGGCUGGUUCUUCUGCACACCUGCAAGGAAGAUGCUCUGGCUCUUCCUCCAGCCCUUAUUCUAUGCACUGCGGCCACUGGUGGUGAACCCAAAACCUGUGACCAGACUGGAGAUGAUGAAUGCAGUAAUGCAGUUCGCAGCAGACAUACUUCUCUAUUAUAUCUGGGGACUCAAACCAAUUGUGUACCUUAUCUCUGGGUCUAUAUUGUGCAUGGGUCUGCAUCCCAUCUCUGGACACUUCAUUGCUGAGCAUUACAUGUUCCUGAAGGGCCAUGAGACCUACUCGUACUACGGCGCUCUCAACUUAAUCACUUUCAAUGUGGGAUACCAUAUGGAGCAUCAUGAUUUCCCCAGCAUCCCUGGUAGUAAGUUACCUGAGGUGAAGAAAAUAGCAGCAGAGUAUUAUGAUUCACUACCGCAGCACACCUCCUGGAUACGGGUUCUCUGGGACUUUGUGUUUGACGACAGCAUUGGCCCCUAUGCCAGAAUCAAACGAGAAUACAAGCUGGCCAAACAGGAAUAAGUUGUACUGUGCGUGCAUUUUUCUCACAGAGCCGCUAUUUAAACAGAAAAGAAGAAAAGCUGGACAGGCCUGCUGAACCGGUAGAAACACGUGUUUAAACCUUUUUCAGUUACAGCUACAGCAGGGGAGUGGAUCUAGAGUACAUAUGAACUGGAUGGUCAAUUCCAUUGAGUUGGGUUUUCAACUAAUGUUUGGUAGAAGCAAUGGAUGCUGAGAUGAAAUAUAUAUUUUUUUUGUGCUAACCAGCAACAAAAAUGUAUUUUCAUCAAUGAGAAAGCAUACUGUCCUUUUGACAAGCAGAAUAUUUUAUGAGGCUGUCAUUCUAAAGCUAUUGUGAUCUGUGAUUAAUCACAAAUUUGAAUAAUAGUGUGAGUCAUGAACUGUAAGUGACCGUGUGAGUCACCCUGGAUACUUUACAAUACAAUGGCUAAAUUAAAACAAGCAUUCCUUAAGCAGUUGAA